GCAGGCUCCAGUCUCCUUUGCUCGCUGUGACAGCAAAGUAUCUCAUUGGAAACCACAAGCUGGGACUUACCAAGUGGCCUCUGACCUUUCUCUCUCUUUUUUACCACAAUUACUCACUUUUUGUGUUUGCAUUUUCCAAGGAAGACGCAUUUUCACUGACAGCUUCUUGGACAGCUCUGGAACGACAUUUUUCUGAGGAGGCAAGCUCUUGGCUGUGAUAUUUCAUUGCAGUCAUGGCUCCUAAGAAGAAGAAUGUGAAAAAGAACAAAGCAGAUGUCAAUGAAACUACUAUCAUCGUGGAAGAUGGCCCCCUCAGUAAACUAAAUGGCUUGAAUGGACUCUUGGAAGGAGGAAAUGGUUUCAGCUGCAUCUCAUCUGAAGUUUCAGACCCAUCAUAUUGCCCAAAUCUCUUGGAAGGUCUAAGUAGAAUGAGACAAGAAAAUUUUCUGUGUGACUUGACUAUCAGUACCAAAACCAAAUCCUUUAGUGUUCAUAAGGUGGUGAUGGCUUCAAGCAGUGAAUACUUCCACAACAUCUUAAAGAAAGAUCCAUCCACUCAAAGAGUGGACCUCAAUGAUGUGUCCCCCUUGGGUCUAGCUACUGUUAUCACCUAUGCUUACUCUGGAAAACUUACUCUCUCACUUUAUACAAUAGGUAGUAUUAUUUCCACAGCAAUUUAUCUACAGAUUCACACCCUUGUAAAGAUGUGCUGUGAUUUUCUAGUCCAAGAAAUCAGUGUUGAGAACUGUAUGUACAUUGCUAAUAUUGCAGAAACGUACGGACUAAAAACAACCAAGGAAGCAGCACACAAAUUUAUUAGAGACAACUUCAUUGAAUUUUCAGAAACUGAUCAGUUCCUAAAACUUACUUUUGAUCAGAUUAAUGAACUUCUUGCAGAUGAUGACUUGCAGUUGCCUUCUGAAAUUGUUGCAUUCCAGAUUGCAAUAAAAUGGCUGGAAUUUGACCAAAAAAGAGUAAAGUUUGCUGCUAAUCUCUUAAGUAACAUCCGUUUUGGUACCAUCUCAGCCCAAGACCUUGUCAAUUAUGUACAAACUGUGCCAAGAAUGAUGCAAGAUGCAGACUGCCAUAAGCUCCUAGUGGAUGCCAUGAACUAUCACUUGCUUCCCUAUCACCAGAAUACACUUCAGUCCAGAAGAACAAGGAUCCGUGGAGGUUUCAGAGUCUUAGUUACUGUUGGGGGACGCCCUGCUCUAACAGAGAAGUCUCUCAGCAGAGACAUCUUAUACAGAGAUCCUGAAAACGGAUGGAAGAAGCUAAGUGAAAUGCCUGCUAAAAGUUUUAAUCAGUGCGUCACAGUGAUGGAUGGAUUUCUUUAUGUGGCUGGUGGGGAAGACCAGAAUGAUGCCAGGAACCAAGCCAAGCAUGCAGUCAGCAAUUUCUGCAGAUAUGAUCCUCGUUUCAACAGCUGGAUUCACUUGGCAAACAUGAAUCAGCGGCGCACCCAUUUUAGCCUGAAUGUGUUCAAUGGCCUCCUUUUUGCCGUGGGCGGUCGCAACUCUGAGGGAUGCCUCUCCUCUGUCGAAUGCUACGUGCCCGCAACUAACCAGUGGCAGAUGAAGGCGCCGCUGGAGGUGCCCAGGUGCUGCCACGCCAGUGCCGUGGUGGAUGGUCAGAUCCUGGUCACGGGAGGCUACAUCAAUAACGCUUACUCUCGCUCAGUGUGCAUGUACGACCCCAGCAAAGACAGCUGGCAGGACAAGGCCAGCCUCAGCACCCCAAGAGGCUGGCACUGUGCAGUGUCCCUUCUGGAGAGGGUCUAUGUCAUGGGUGGGUCUCAGCUGGGGGGGCGAGCCGAGAGGGUUGAUGUUCUCCCUGUGGAGUGUUACAGUCCUUACACAGGGCAAUGGAAUUACGUGGCACCACUUCAAACCGGAGUUAGUACGGCUGGUGCCUCCACCCUUAAUGGGAAAAUUUACUUAGUGGGUGGCUGGAAUGAAAUAGAGAAAAAGUACAAGAAAUGCAUUCAGUGCUAUAACCCAGAUCUCAAUGAAUGGACAGAGGAAGAUGAGCUGCCUGAGGCCACUGUGGGCGUAUCCUGCUGUACAAUAUCCAUGCCCAACACGAAGACAAGAGAGUCCAGGGCCAGCUCAGUCUCUUCUGUCCCGGUUAGUAUUUAAAGACAGGUCUAACCAGCAAUAAGUUAAAAAUGUUUACCAGCACAGCAGUAUAAUUAACCCUUUAAGUAGAAUUUUUGUGCUUAUAUGGAAAAAAAAUAAUUGGCUUUGCAAACAUUUUAAGAGUGCAAACUGGCUGGUUUUCAUGAACUUUAGUACAGGUGGUGUGAAACAGCACAUUCGGGAUAAGAUCAAUUUUCUUAGCCUGAAGAGAGAGUUAACCCAUAGCUGCAGGAUUUCAUUCUCUUUUUGACUGCCAUUGACUUACUAUGCUAUCUGUGGCAUAUCAUUUCAUUUUUUUAUGCCUUGGUUUGCUUACCUGUAAAAUUGAGAUACACUUGCUGUAGAAGAUUGUUAUGAGGCUUUUUAAUACUAAGCUUUAAAUGCUUUCAGAACCCAAAAGGAAAGUCAAAUAUGGCUAGUAAUAUAUCUCAACAUAGAUCAGAAAUGGGCAAUUCAUCAUAAAAUUGCCAUAAAAUUCACCAGUUUUUCAUUUUCUAAGCUUUUUUUUUUUUUUUUUGACAAACAGAAGGGAAAAAAGGCAAACCAAAAAUAUAGCAUAUAGCAUGUGCAUACUUUCCUUUUGGGGCAGCGGUGUUCACAAAAAAAUUCUCAAAGCAUUUUCUCCUUCAGAAUUUAGGAAGAGAACUUCAUCUUCUGCCAUGAAACCCUUUAAUUUUUAUAUCAAAUGCUGUGACAUGGCUUUCAAGACCUGAAUCCACAAAAUACCUUAACUGCUGUAAGCACUUUGGGCCAGCCCCAAGAGCUACCUUGGGUGCCAGAUGGCUCCCCCAACCUCUGUUUAUACCAAGGAGCAGACCCACCCCAUCUUCCUCCUCAUGCCAGGGAGACACCCCUGUCAUUGCAGGUGGGAGGCGCAAAGGCCAGUCCGUAUGACUCCUCCUGUUCCUGCUCUUCCCAUCUGUGUAGAAAUGUAUGUCUGGGUUAUCUUCUCAUCUGAGAAGGUCCUCACCAAUGCAAGGAGCUGGGAGCUGCUGCAAGGGCAAAACAUGGAAGUUGAGUUCAUACCAGGAGACAUCGGGGGCUCAUGGCAUCUGAAUAUGGAGAAGAUGCACAGAGCAAACUCUCUUAGUAUUCUGGCAAAUAACUGGAGGAUAUAAUAAAGACUUCAGGAUCUGCCUUUAAGAAUAGGACAUGUGUGGAAAACUGAAUCAUGGGAAAACUUUCCUUAAUAGGAACAAAGAGAUACCUUAACACCUGUCUUACCAGGUGUGGGCACAACACCCAAAGUAACCUUCUCCUGGACAUACCAUUAUGUAUGUCCUUCUGAAGCCUUCAUUACAGCCCUUUUUAUGGAGAUUUUAUUCACAUUAUUCCAAAGGCUAGACUAACACUCUGUGUGUUGAAGUCUGUGAAUUUUUCCCAGUGAGUGGAGUCUUUACUCAACUUGGAUUACCUUCCAAGAACUUUUCCUCCUGACUUCAGCAUGCACUGGGAGAGUUAAGCAGAAAAUCUAAUCCUAUUCCCAUAGCCAAAAGCCCAUCAUGUCCCCUGAGGAUUUGAUACCAAAAGACUGCUGUCAGCACAAAAUUUCUACGUCCUUUUGUUUGGGGAGGAAAUAGGGAACACAAGGAAUUAAAAUGACUUAAUAUAACCAAAAGGGCAGCAAGUCACUCACCUUUUUCUAAGGUAUCCAGAGAUGGUAUGUAGAAAUUUAAAAAACAACUAUUCUGGCCUCAGAUCCACGUUGGAUAAAAUUGUCAUGAAAUUGUCAUAUGCAAGUGGUUUGUUUUUUUUUUUUUGGAAUUCAGUCUCAAAGUGCUAUGAAUAGUCAGAUGUUGCUCCAUGCUUUCCUAUUUGUGAGCAAACACUUCCUGUACAUUGACAACCAUUUUGGUUUUGAGUAGAAAGUUAUUUGUGAAUGAUGGGCUAAGUGCAAUGAAACUAAUUUCUACUACUUAAAGGGUUAAAAACUUUGGGGGCCAAAUCCUUUUCAUCUUACUCACAAAAAUGGUUCCAUUGAUUUCAGUGGGACUACUGAAUAAGAUGUACAGGAUUUUGAACUCUUGGCCAAAUUCUCGCAGAACAGUAGAUAAAGAUGCUUGCUAAAAGUGUCAUACCCAGAAGGAAGACUGUCCUCUGCCUCCACUGCCCUUCACCACAACAAAUCCACGAAGGCAUGUCCUAGGAGCCAAAUACCAAUGGCCACGUGUUCCUUCUGUAGCAUAAGUUAGGUAUGUACUUUAGGACAAAAAUCCUACACAGAUUAAGAAAUGUUAUUGUUAUCAGUAUAACACUUCAGGGUGGCUUUAUAUUAUUUUCUCUAAACAUCUGUUUAGGCUUCAACUGCACAUUGAGCCAGAAUUUGGCCCUUGAUAUGUGACACUAUUAGCUGGACUUAAUAUUAUGUUGAUCAUGCCAUGUACUGAGCUAUUUGUGAUAUUUUUAUGUAUGAUCUUGUAUUGUUAGAACUGUGAAAAUUAUUUGUAUGGUGUGUUUUAUGGGACAGUGUUCUUUCAUUGUCCAGUACUGCAUUUUCAAUCUUCUGAUGUUUAAUAACAACAUGUCAGUUGAACUCGAAAUAUUGUAUAUCCCCAAAAGAAGUUUUAAAAUACAGUUUAGGAAGUACUGUAUACAUUAAUAUUAAGUAGAACAGAGGACUUCUAACUGUAUGAGAUGUAGACUGUUAAAGCACUACAAGGGUCUUCUUUAAUGAUAUAUUUGUAGUAGUAGGAAAAAAAAUAUAUAAGCCAUUAUCCUCAGAAUUCCUUAUAAAAUGCCCAUGCAUUUUAUAGUCAGCAUCUGUGCUUCAAAUUCAAAUCUGAAAAAUAAGCUUUCUUCAGUCUGUGAGUGAAGCAGUUGGCUAAGGUUUGUUUUCUUGUUUAUUCAUGAUUGUUUAGGCGCAUGGGAGAGUGUGUUACAAGGUUGUGAGGGAGGAACUUACUGUUGUAGAGUUGUGCCGAAAGGAAGAUGUUGUGCUUAGUUCUUAAUUGAGAUGAGAUCAUGAUUGUUUAACCUCUUCUUAAAGUUAACCUUCAAGAUCAUCUGUGGAUCAGUCAAGAGUCCAGUAAACUUAAAUGCCAACUUCUAGCUGGUCAAAGAGGGAAGCAGAUAAAAUUAACAUCAACAAAACCAAAUGAGGUGUUCAAAAGUGCUUUGUGUUGAGAUUUUUUAAAUGGCAGUUUUUGCAGGAAAAAGUAUGUGAUAAAUGAAAUGACUGAGUAAGACCAUGCUUUAUAUUAUCCUGAAACCUAGAUUAGUUUAUCUCGUGAUUGUAACUCUUCCCAAACCAUAGUGGUUUUAGAGGGAGUUUUUCCUUAGUAGCAGCUGGGUUUGGUAAUUCUAGUUGCAAACCCAACAGUCACACAAACAGUUUUAUGAGCAUGCGCACCUUCUUGAAUUCAGUGGGGCUUCUGCUAUAUACAGUUAUUCUCAUGGAUUUAUAUUUGGAAAAUUAAAAUACAAGAACUAAAUCCAUGAGGAGACAAACAUCAAUGUUAGUGACAGCCAACAUGAAUGUAUUAGACUGAUCCUCAACAUGACCAUUCACUUACCAUGCUGGCGCAUGACAUUUUUUUGAGACUCAAUUACCCCAUAAGGAUAUUAUUUCCUGGGGAAUUGUUGCUCAAUGAAAUCCUAUGUAUGCUCCAAGGAUUUUUAUGCAACACACAGGAUGGGAGAUGCUUGAGGCUCCAGUUAGUAGAAAGGGGAAGAUCGAGACACUUAUAACAAUCAGUAGACUGAGAUUUUGUUAGCAAUUCUCAAGAAUGUUUGAGAAAAAUGUGCUGGAAAUAAGCACCUACUUCAACACAUAGCUUUCUAUAAGCAGCUUUGCUUAUGUUGCAUGACUGAGAUGGGCUCCAUGACUGAGAUUUUUCUAAUGAAAAGCAAGGCUCAAUUUUCAAUUGCCUGUAACUUCAGUUCUCAUUUGAACUCAAUUUUCAAUCCAUUUUAACCUAUUUACCCAGGCUGAGAGAUCUUGUUCCAAGUCUGGAUUCACUCAGAGAAUGCGAUUAAAGCCAAUAGUCCUCGUAUAGUUCCUUGGGCUUUUUGCAAUUAUCUUCUCAUCUUUUUGCAUAAGUACUCAAAAACAUUGUAAUGCACAGAUUUAUACUUUGAUUCCUCCUUGCAAGAGGAAGAUCUCUUGUCUCUAUUAGUUUCUCUUUUCUUAUCCAUAACUGAGUGACUAACAGGGCACCAAAGGAGAUGCACAGAUGUGAACAGCACAUAAAAGCUCUGAUUUUAAAAAUCUCAUUGCUGGUGGCCACAAUAAAGAAAAGGACACACUCUGAAAUGCCUGCUGAAAAGAAAAGGGUGAAAAAUUAGUUACUGGUGCUCAUUUGCAAGUGUGACGCUGCUCAGAACUCUGUUCCCAGGAAUUUCCUAAAGAAUAAAGGAAAAUAGAUGCAAUUCUAUAUAGCUGGUAUAGCUGGUAUAGCUGGUAUGAGAGAUUUGGUUAAUGCCAUAUGAGUCUUGCCAUGCAAAGGACAUACUUGUCUCAAUGAAAAUUUUCAAUAACAAUAUAGGCAAUCGAUAAACUUAUAAGAAAUAUAUAGUCAGUUUCUGUUGGUAGAAUGGGAACACACACACUUAUAUAAACUGGAUGUUAUGCUAGUUGCAGCCUUGGCAGUUUUUUUGUCAACAAGAAAAAAUAUUAACUUAUUUGUAUAAAGCAUUUUCCUAGUUUGUUAAGUGCUAGACAUAUUGCUUAUACAGAAGGGUUUUCUAACUGUACAGUUUAAGGAUGGACUGUGAUAACACAAGGGAACAUAUUUCAACAGAAAAAAAAUCUGUAAGUGUAAUGUGAGAAUGUUACUACUUAAAAAUUAAAAUUUGUAGUGCAGCAGUUGUUAGGAGGAAAACAGCAUGUUGGUAUUUUUCAUUGUGUGCUUUAAAUAAAGCUGGCGACACAUGGUGCAAACCAAUUAUUCAUAUUGUAAAAUCAGUUGGAAACUGCGAGACUGUAUGUCUAACGAACGCCUGGUUGCAGUUGAAAUAUGCUUUGUUUUCUGAGCCCCGGGCUGAUCCUUGCUUUCAUAUCAGCCAACUGGAAUGUUUGUUACACCCGGACUGUCAAACCACCUUCACAAUAAGCUGUAUAGUGUGACACUGGAGCCAUUUUUAUCUUUUCUAUUUCAUUACAAGGACAACAACUUGCUUUUUAACAAUAAAUUUCACAGUCUUUUGUUGUAAUCAAAACAAGAAGUGAUGAUAAAUCAGAUGUCUGAUUAGUAACUGAACAUGUUUUCAUUUGGAUUGUAUGAGUAACAGUAUAAAAAAUAAAAACAUCUAAAUUUCAAGGAAAAAAA